AUGAACAUCUCUCAGCUCGUCUGUCUCCUGGGUUUCGUGAUACGCUUGUCUAAUGCAGCCAAUACCACAUUCACGAAUCCAAUCCUGCCAGCAUUUAACCCCGACCCAAGCUGUACAUUUGUGAAAGAAUGGGACAAUACCUUCUUUUGCAUACCUCGUCACUUGGUUCACUGGAAGCACGCGAGCUAUGCUAUCAGUCGCGGCGACCAGCUACCUGAGUUAUACCGAAACAGUGCAUUGCAAACCGAAGGAACAUGGGCAUCAACUCUUCGAUACCGCGAUGGCACAUUCUACCUAAUCACCAGCUACGUGUAUUGGCAUGAGGGAUGGGGGCCCAUCAUUCUUCUUUUAACUACAACUGAUCCCUACGAUGACGCCGCUUGGAGCGGACCGGUUCGAUUCGAGAACCCGGAAAAGGAAAUUGAUCCGGAUCUUUUUUGGGAUGAUGAUGGAAAAUUCUACAUGAGCGUCGCCAGAGGUAUAUUCAUUCGUCAAUGUUUGGAGACAUUCAUCGUAUGGAACGGCACUGGCGACCGAAACCCCGAGGGACCGCAUAUAUACAACAAAGAUGGGUAUUAUUAUCUCGGCAUCGGUGAGGGCGGCACGGAAACAAAUCACUCGGGGGUGAUAUCUCGGUCAACAAGUAUCUCCGGGCCCUAUGAGGGGUAG